CACCUUGUUUUCCCAUCUCACCCACACACAACUUCCCUCUCCAUCAUCUGCUCCCACCUUCCUCCCUCUCUUCCGCUCCAUCUCUCUCUGCAGCUAGCUCCCAGUGGUCUCUCUGCAGACCUCUGUUGGAUGCUAUCUUUUGCUUCAGAGUGUUGAGCCAAACUUCUCCCAGGACUUCCUCCUUGGUGUUCGGAGAUGUCAGCUUCCCUAAGCAACACCCUUCGCCUGUCUUCUUCUUUGAAGAUGGACGAAGAGGCCAAGCUCAUUGAGAAGCAGGGCAUAGUCUCCAUUCUUGGCUCCGACUGCGAGAGGACCAAGGCUGCUUCUCUCCGCAGGACUCUGUCCUGGGACAUGUCUUCCAGGAAGUGGUUAGCACAGCACGGCUUCUCCCAUAUGAGGAAGAUUGCGUCAUCCCAACAGUUUAUUGUGUCGGCUGCAGAUUCCUCGUCUUCGUCUGAAGGUGAAGAUGAGUACGAAGAGGGGAAGGAGGUGGAGAGGCCUGGGGGGUUCCAGACAUGGAGCUCAAUUCUAACUCAAAAGGGCGGUGAGGAGUCAGGGAAAUCGGGGACACUCCCACUUCCCUACGUGCAUCCUCUUGUGAAGAGGUCGUCCAGCUCUCUGAGCGAAAAGAGCCUCCAGGUAUGCACUGAGAGCCUGGGUUCAGAAACGGGCUCUGAGGGCUUUUCCUCCUCUGCCAACACACAAGAGGACAAACAAGAUCAACAGCAACAGAACCAGCACCAGCAAAAGCAACAGCAGCAGCAAUAUGAAAAAGAGUCCAGCUCCUUGGGUAAGCAAGAAUUGACGGUAGUGGAGAGGCCUGACAAUUACUAUUCUGUCCGCAAGAGAUUGCAGCCUCCAUCAUCCUUCCCUCCCCCACUUCCUUCACUCUCUCCCACCCAAGGCCCUAAUGUUCGCUUCCACACUCACCGCCAAAAUGGGCGGCUGGUUCUUGAAGCGGUGUCGGUUCCUACUCAAAACUGCUUCCAGGCUCAACGCCAUGGGGGUCGCCUUGUCCUCACUUUUGCAAAUAUUCCCUUCAAUCACGAAGACACGAGCGAAAAAGAACAAGAUGAAGAAGAGGAAGAAGAAGCAGCAGAGGAAUUGGGACAAGAAUUUGAGAAUUUUGAAGAAGAAAAUGAAAUCCAAAUGAAUGAAGAUGAAAAUGGAGAAGCAGCAUCGGAGGAAGGAGAGGUGGUCAAAGUUGGGAAAGCAAAUGAAUUCAACCAGGAGAUGGAGGCUGCGCCAAAGUUGCCAAGUGGGAUGAUCAAUGUGCACAGAUCAGCACUGAUGAUGAAGAAGCUGAUGGGGUUGGUUAAUAGGAAUCCCACAUGGCCUCCAAAGCUUAACAAAGCAGCCAAUUUGGAGGAGGCAACGCCACUUCCACCACCUCCUCGGGUGGCUCGAAUCAUAACCACGCCCCCGGCCGCCACUGCGGCAUCAUCGUUCAACGCCUACGACUACUGCUGGCGGAGCAAGCCCCCCACCGGCACCGCAAUCCUCAACCCACCAUCCAUACCCCUCAAAAACAACAGUGACAAGUUCUUUCUGUCCAAGAGCUCAAAGGCACAAGAGCAGCAACAAUUGAUCCUGCUAAGGGGGAACAAGGCAGAGUAUUCGGUUCCAUUGUUAAGGGGCUGCAAAGAACCUAGGAGGUCUCUUGUGAUUUGGGAGCCCUAUUGCAUUGCCACAUCCUGAUCCACCCUCACUCCUCUGUUCAUCCAAUCCACUUAUUAUUAUUAUUAUUAUUAUUAUUUUUCUUCUUAUUUUCCAUGUUGCCCUGUUGGCCUAUUGCCCUAUCUCUUUUUCAUCUCUAGCUCCCCACUCUUAGGAGUUUGUGUAAUUCAAUAAAGGAAACAGAAACUAAGGGGGACGACACUUUGAUUUAGCAGAUCAAAGGAAGAUAGAGGAGAGAGAGAGAGAGAGAGAGAGAGAGAGAGAGAGAGAUGAUUUUAACAGUGUUAUAUAAAAUUUUAUCAGCAUUUGCUGUUAGGGCGCUGCUGCUUAACAAAA